AUGGCGUCCAAGGCUUCCACCUGCUGCAGCACCGGCAACGUGUGUGUCUGUGCCCAGCAAGCUACGUGCUCGUGCGGCAAGAAGAGUGCGCUCCACUGCAACUGCGAGAAGGCCAGCACCGAGAACGCCGUCGAGGGUCCUCGCUGCUCGUGCCGUGCCCGUCCUGCUGGCAAGUGCACCUGUUCUCGCGCUAGCACUGAGAACAAAACGCCUGAAAGUGCCUGUGACUGCGGCUCGCGUCCUGCCAACGCAUGCACUUGUGAGAAGGCCGUAGACGCUGGCUUUAAGCCUUCUCGGAACGAGGAAAACGAGAUCGAUUUCACGACCAAGCACUGA